UUAGGCUGCUUCCCUCCUCCCGGCUGCAUACAUGCUAUUGUGUUACAGCCUGGCUGCAGACUGGACGACCUAAUCAGACGCACAGGGCCCUGCCAAACAUGGACGCCUAUGUCGUGCUCCUGAAGAGGUUCAAAUUAAAGUUCAGGACUAGUAAUCAUUCUGUACGCUGUGGAUUGGCAGAGUUUCUGGGGAGUCUCAUUUUAAUUCUGUUUGGCUGCGGUUCGGUGGCUCAAAUGGAGUUAAGUGGUUUCGCCAAAGCCCAGUUCUUAAGUGUCAACAUGGCGUUUGGUUUUGCAGUCACUGCUGGGGCCUACGUGUGUGCUGGCGUGUCAGGUGCCCACCUCAAUCCAGCUGUCUCGCUCUCCAUGUACCUCCUCCAGAAGAUGACUGGCAGACUAUUGCUCAUCUACUGCUUGGCACAAUUCCUUGGAUCUUUUGUUGGGGCCGCCCUGGUGUUUGCGCUGUACUUCGAUGCUCUGCAUGUCUACAGUGGUGGGAACUGGACCGUAUCUGGACCUCAGGCAACAGCUGGGAUAUUUGCAUCAUAUCCGUCAGAACAUUUGAGUGUCCUCAACGGAUUUACUGAUCAGGUGAUUGCCACAGCUGCCUUGAUUAUCUGCAUCCUGGCCAUCCUAGAUGAAGCCAACAACGCCGCUCCUCGUGGUCUUCAGCCUUUUGUAAUUGGCCUUGUAGUCCUGCUAGUUGGUCUGUCUAUGGGCUUCAACUGUGGGUACCCCAUUAACCCAGCCCGGGACCUGGCACCUCGUAUCUUCACAGCCAUUGCUGGUUGGGGCCUUGAGGUCUUCAGGGCCGGCGGGCAUUGGUGGUGGGUGCCAGUGUUAGGUCCGAUGCUAGGAGGACUGGUGGGGACACUGAUCUAUGAACUUCUCAUUGGAAUCCACCACCCGGUUACCCUGCAUAAGAGUGGAUCUGAAGAAGACUGUGACGAGAAUCACCCGCCGCAGUAUGAGCUGGUUCAGACUACAGCAUGAAGUCCCACUUGCUACUGUGUGCGGUAUAUUGUGGAUAACCUAUCAUAGCCUGGACAGGGAGGAUAAAUACAAUGUACAGAUGGAGCCAUCUUUAUCUUGGCCUUUAAUAGGAUUAAUUGAGCCAGGGCAGUCGGACUUAAUCCCCUGCUGUAAUGACUUAAUUACCUGCUGUUUUGUUCUCUCUGUAUUGUAUUGCAGCUGAGAACAAUAGAUAAAGGGUUUAUGUAAAUAAACCAUGGUGUGCCUAGGUGCAGCAGAGAAGCCAAGAUAAAUGUGGCUCCAUCUGUACAUGAGAUCUGUCACAGAAGAAAUAUGAUAAUGCAGACUUCCUGCCAUAGCCCAAUUAAAUAUAAUUUACUCUUGUGAAGUACAGAAACACUGCAUUACUUGUUGCGGGAAUGUAGGGAUGAGAUAAUACACAGGUGACAGGACUUUACCCCACACAAGAACCACAAAAAAUUGAUUGCCUUGCUUAUGUGAGCAGUUCAACCGGACACUGCAAGUGUUCAUUCUACACCUAAGCAACUUGUCCUCUAAUGAGGGAUUUAUCUAGGCUGGAAACAAAUAAUUCCACUGCUUAACUCUCCUUACAGGCAGCCAUUAUAGCUGGUACUUUUAGCAAUUAAGUUAAUGUGAUGUUUGUACAUACAUGAGCUCCCAAUUGUCUAUAGAAGCCUAUUUACAGUGUGGCACCGCAGACCCAACUCUCUAACAGGCCUGGCCAACCUGUGGCUCUCCAGCUGUUAUAAAACUACAAGUCCCAUCAUGCCUUGCCACAGUUUUGCUAUUAGGGAAUGCUAAACCUGUGGCAGGGCAUGCUGGGAUGUGUAGUUUCACAGCAUCUGGAGAGCCACAGGUUGGCCAGGCCUGUUCUAUAAUGUUGUACGUUAUAAUGGGAUGGAGACGGGAUCCCGAUCGCCAGAAUGUGGGCAGGGGGAGCGAUGCAACAAAGCCCCUUGCGGGCUCGCCACAGGUUCUAUGUCGUGGACACCCAGGAGUGGGAAUAGCUGUGGCAGCGCUGCCAUUGUUCUGGCGGUCGGGAUUCUGGCGACGGUAUUCUGAUCACCGGCAUCCUGACUACAUCCCGUUAUAAUUGUCCAUAAAAUAAGCUUAUUUUCCUCCUUUUUAAAGAAAACCAAAUAUUAAAAAAAAACCUGUCCUUUAAAAUAUGGGGUGUUUUUUUCUGUAAACAAUCGGGAAAGCUGUACAGUGACUAUUACUACUGUUGCGUGGUGAUGGCCAGUCAUUGGCUCUGCAUGCGAUAACCAGACCUGGGUGCUGCACUGUCUCGUUCAGUGUGUACCUAGUAUUAAUAACUGCCAUUAUCAGACAGAACAGGCUGAGAAUUGGCUAAUUGACCCUUUUAUUGCACAUUGUGUAGCUCACUUUAAUCUUCCAUAUAUGGUAGAACAGUGCUGUCUAGUGGCCAUAGCUGGAAUUACGGGGCUGCUGUCACAUUUCAUUUCAAAAUGUUUUAAGAGACAGAAACUGAAUUCACUCAGAGCUAUUAACAUACGAGCUUGUAUAAUGUGCUUCAUAGACUGAGGGCUAUAUUCACGCUGCCUAAACCACUAUGCCCCCAGCAUACACUUCAGCUGCUGUUUGCUAUUCACUGAUGCUUGUUUGUUACUUACACAAGUUACUGUAAUUAAAUGACUGUUUUAAUUCUCAAAUGUUUUAGAUUGAAGGCUCUAAGGGGUCGUGAUUCAAUUGGGUGCAAGGCAGCUCUGAACUUCUGCUUCCAGCCCUGUAGCGUUAUGUACUAAAAGUCCCCGGGUCUGGGGUGAGAUGAAGUGGCGCUGCCACCGCAAUUCAGACUCUUUGCACUUAAUUGAGUCGCUGGUUUAAUGUCACGUUUAUCAAAUAGAAUGUGCUGAUUAAACCUAUGUAAUGUUUUACUUUGGCAGAAGCCUCUUACAGUGUGUGUGUGUAUUUAGAAAUUUGAAUAAAGUAAACUUAAUGCAACAUUU